AUGGGUCAAUCUUGCGGAUGCAGUGCAAAGUUUUGUGAAGCUACAUAAAUAACCACAUAAUCGAACAUUGAACAAUAACCAAAAUACAAUUAACCAGAAACUUCAUCACCUGAAGAAUUAUCAGAAAAAAAAUUUUUCACAAUCUCAGAUGAAUUCAAUUAAUUUAAAUCAUUUCUCGAAGAUUUAUUAAUUAACACUCAGAGUAAAAAACUUAAAUAAAAAAUUUAUGAAAUCAGUUGGGAAAUUUAAUAUUUCAUUAUUACUGCAACAAAUAUUUUCUCCUUUGAUUUGGAAAAGUGGAAAUAGUUCAUUGUUAGUCCUGAAAAAUAACAAAUAAUAGAAAGCUUUAGUGAACUGAUAUCUGAGCAUAACCCUAUGUGUACCUCAGAAAAAUUUAUUGAUAAAUUAGAUUUUGAGGAAUGGAUUAGGAAAACAGAUUUACAGAAUAAAUAUUAUAAAUAAUCAAAAAUUCAUAUUCAUUUCUUUGGACAAAAAUGA